AUGGCCAGCAAGGAAAAGGGAGCUGCAUUAUACAAGGAGAGGAAAAGACUUGGUGAAAUGGUUUCGAAUUUGCAGCUGGAGAAUGCAGAUCUUUGUGCUGCAUUAGACAGAGUGUCCAAGCAUAGUGUUGAUGUGGGAAUUGAAAGCAAGAAUGUGAUAUCAUCCUACGAAGAGAUAGUUGUUGCCAUUAAGUCGAUUAAGCUCAGGUUGGACCAAUUGGAGGCUGGGAGUUCAAAGCUCAAAUGA